AUGUGGAUCUUAAACAGAGACUUGCAUGGCCGCAGUAUCCAGCCCCAGUAUCCAGACUACCCUCAGAACGGACAACGCAAUGUGGAUCUUAAACAGAGACUUGCAUGGCCGCAGUAUCCAGGUGCGACAUCCUACAAGGUCUACGUAUGGCCAUACAACUCAACAAAGCCUUCCAGCCCGAAAAUUACAACAACGUCUCGUUUCUAUAAUCCUGCUUCUCCCUACCCGCCGGGCACAAGGAUGCUGUGGCAGGUGGAAUACCAGACCCCCUCCGGAACCAUCCCCAGUCCCAUCUGGGGCUUUGAGUCGCGACAUUACGCUGAUUUCAUGGUCGACUCGAUAACCGUGCCGCCUCAAGCAUUUUCCGGACAGAGUAUGUCUGUGAGGUGGCAAGUUAAAAACAUUGGUGGUUUGGGGUCCGAGAGAUCUACCUGGUAUGAUGCUAUCUACAUCGGGACCUCAACCAAGCUGUCUGACGCUAGACGGGUCAAGGUCGUUCGUAAGAGCAUGUUUCUUGACCCCAAUGAUGGCUACUCUUCGGUUACAGACAUCUCACUGAGGAAAGAUGACUUGGGCAGCUAUUACGUGUUCGUGACAACAGACAUCUACAGAAACAUUGUAGAAGUGGAUAGAACCAACAAUAUUCUGAGAAGUACAAGCCCGGUUCAGGUGAUCCUGACACCUCCACCUAACCUGAUAGUCGAGACGAUUCAAGUAUCAGAUUCCACGUUCUCUGGUGAGAAAUUCCAAGUGCGCUGGACCGUGAAGAACGACGGAACUGGGGCGACAGUGGAGAAUGUUUGGCGUGACUCUGUAUUCAUGUCACAGGAUUCAGUGCUAGGAUUAUCUGUCCAACUGGAGGUGACUCUUGGUUUCAUCUGCAUCCUUCUGUCCAUCUGUCCGUCUAUACGAGAUACGAGGUUUGACACGUUACUGACAUCGAAGUAUCACACCGGGUUUCUCUCGCCCGGUGACAGUUACACAGAAUCUGAAUCUGUCACCUGCCCCAACGCCAUACACGGCACCUACAGCAUCAUUGUGGUCACGGACAUCGACAACCGCGUGUAUGAACAUUCCUCGGAUGACGACAACACAAAAGUUGUGGAGGGUGCACUGCAAGUAACUCUGAGUCCGCCGCCUGAUUUGGUUGUUAACAGUCUGAGGGUGAAUGGGGAAACGUUCCACACCGGGGACGCGGUUGUCAUAGACUACACCAUCUCCAACAACGGCAUCGGAGAACCAUUUGAGAGGUGGUGGUCAGACGCUGUGUACCUCUCUCAACAGCCCAAUGGCCGCCGACAGCUGAUCAGUUCCACGACGUUCUCCGGCUCCCUAAAAUACGGAGAGACCUACGACAGACGGGUCACCUACAACAUCCCUGUCAGCCUCCCCAGCGGAAACUACGACAUCACCGUGCACACCGAUGCCCAGAACAAAGUGUUUGAAUACCAGUCGGACAACAAUAACGAGGAACUACGGACAGUCCGAUUUAUACAGGUUAAGGCUGACUUGAAGAUGGAGAAGGUGUCUGUAGAAACUAAAUCCAACAGCACAGCAGCUUACGUAUCUGUCAGAUACACCGUGAAGAACAUUGCGAUGGGCCGCACGUUCGCCGCGCCUUGGGUUGACAACAUCUACAUCUCCAGGUCUUCCGACAGCAACGACAGAACUCGACUCCCGAUUUCUCGCUUCACGCGAUCCAAAGAUCUUCCUGCUGAUGCGGUGUACACGGCUAACCUCGAGGACAUAGAGUUACCCGCAAGUUUCCACGGUAACCUGUAUGUGCACGUGUCUGCUGAUUACUACAGUCGUGUGCUGGAAGACAACAGAGUUAAUAAUGUCGGCGUCAGCGGAGAAUUCAACUCCCCAGCAGUACUUCCCGAUCUGAAGCCCGUACAGAACAAGUUUCAGCUGCUUACAACAGAUUCUGUUUACGGUGGGGAAGAGGUGACGGUGAAGUGGGAAAUUCAAAAUGGUGGCAAUCGGAAUAUUGCCAGUAAGCGAUGGACGGACUCUGUUUUUCUCUCCGUGUCGGAUGUUUACGAUAUAACCGCUCUUAAGCUGCAUGAUGAGAAAAUAUCAAUGGAUGUCACCGCGUCCACUACGUACUCUGUCACUGCAACGUUUAAACUUCCCGAAAAUUCUUUCGGUUUUUAUAAACUUCUGCUUUUGACCGAUGUCACAGACAGUGUUACUGAGAGCGAUGAAGCAAACAAUGGUGCUGCUCUGUCACUUAAAAUAUCCAGUGUUCCUUCUCCCGAUUUGACUGUCACAGAUAUCCGAUUUGUACUGGAACAGAAAUCUCAGUUUCUUAGAGUCACCUGGGUGACGAGUAACCAUGGCAACAGCAUGAAGGUGAAAAGACACUGGUGUGACGACGUCAUUCUGUCGAGGGAAAAGAACGUGCUGUCUGGAGCCAACUCGCGAAAAAUCGGCACAAAAUGUUUAUCCGUCAAUCUGAACGCUCAACAGGAAUUGACCAACUCCGAGUCGUUCCUGGUUCCAUCUGGUCUGGAGGGCAAGUAUUGGCUUCAUGUCAUCACGGACGCCAGAAAGAAUAUCCUCGAAGUGAAUGCAGAAAACAAUAACAUUGCAAUCGCGCCCGACCAAGUGGAUAUUCCCAGCCAGCAGACUCCGCAGCUUGAGAUGAAGUUCAGAAGUUCCAUACCGACAGACCUCCAGGCAGGAGACUCUGUACCGAUUGAUGUCCUGGUUGAUAACAAAGAUGAUCGUGGUAUAGCGGCUACCUCUUGGACCGACGGUCUGUAUUUCUACCACAAAGCAGGUGCAACACGCUCUGAGGUCAUAGAAAAUGGUUUACUGAUCAAAACGUUUAUCCACAAUGGCGGUCUGUCUUCAGGGGAUUCUUAUUCCGUGAAGGCGAACGUGCGUAUUCCUUACACUGCACCCCGAAACGGCCAUCUUUACUUCAUCACCGAUAUAAACGGUCGAACUGGUGGUGAGUCUUUUGUGGUGAGUGGACCAGCUGCCGUUACCAUUGGCGACCUCCCAGACCUAGUCCCGUCCUUCUCAUCAUUCCAGACCGUGUUGAAGAGUGGCCAGCCGUACGACAUACCGUUCUCGAUCGAAAACCAGGGCAACUCUUCCAUCAGCUUGGUGUCGGCAUACAUCACUCUGUAUCUCAGUCGGGACGUCCUCAUAGACCCGUUCGAUAUCAAACUCAAGUCAAGACAGACGACUCUGACCAUGAACGCUCAAGGUGGCACGCAGGAUGUGACAUCGAACGUCUUCAUACCAUACGACCUGGUGAGCGGAGCAUACUACAUCAUCGUGAAGGUGGAUUCGAGGAACGAGGUGUACGAGAGUGAUGAGAUGAACAAUGAAGCUCACGUUCUCGUCACCUUGAAGGAAAUGCCAAGCACGGAUAUCGAGGUUCGAGAAGUUACGCUGUCGGACGUCAGCUUAGAGUUCAAUGAGGAAUUUAACAUAAACUGGAAAGUCCGAAAUCUUGGUGCGCUGACUGCUGAGGGGUAUAAAUGUGACAGCAUCUAUUUCUCAGAAGACGACAAGUGGGAUAUAAAGGAUGUCCAGGUGGAAUCGGCAAAGUGUCGCAAUAUAAAGCUGAAACCGUAUGUGGAUGGAGCUUUUACAGACAACACCUACAGUGAUAGCGCUCUUCGACUCAAAACGCCGCUGCUCGCCAAACACGAAUACAAAGGUCUUGUCAGGUUGCGUAGCAACAUACGGGAGUUAAAUCUCAACAACAAUGUCGGUGUGAGUGCCAUCGGUGUGAACAUAACCUUCCCAAUCAUCAAUGUCGCAAGCACGAAGACUUUCGGAAUAUCGGGUAAUUCUGAGAAAGCGUUUAUCAUACCUAACGUGGACCCUGAAGAGACAUUGGUGGUGCUUUUAAAAAGUCUGAAUGGAAAAGGAAUUCAUCAUAUGUAUCUCCGACGCGAUGAGCCGGCAACUGGCUAUUUGUAUGAUGCGGCUUCCAAAACACCGUACUCGUCCAAUCAGAACCUGAUAGCUCCGAACACCCAGGAAGGUGAUUAUUACUUGCUGGUGGAGAACACUGACACAGAGACUUCAAGUGUUGAGGUCACUGUGAAGUUAGCGAAGUUCGAAGUUAUAGAGACGAGCCCCAAGAAGGCGGCACCGAUUGGUGAUGUUACUGUUAAGCUAGAGGGGACACUGUUUGCAGAUGUUCUGAAUGCCAGUUUGGUUGAGCGUUCACAAAGUGGUAAUAAAAACAUGAUAACCGCGACCAGGGUUUACCGGUUUAGUUCGAUAGAAGUGUACGCAACAUUUGAUUUGACAUCCGCGACCGUUGGGCAGGAGUACGACAUAGAACUCUUAGAUGUGAGAAAAUCUGCUGUGGCAAAAUUCCAAAAAGUGUUAGCCAUUGUUAAGGGAAUUAAAGGAACGUUGAAGGUUUCUGGAAAGAUUCCUCGAGCGAUGCGACCAAUGGAAACGGGGACCGUUACUAUCGACUACCGGAACACCGGAUUCACAGAUGUCCAUGGGGGAAUUCUUCUCAUCUCCUCCACUGGGAUUGGUGAGCUGCAGUUAAUGGAGAGAGGAGAGCCAAUCAGUUUGUUCGGUUCAUCUCACAUGAUCCUGGCUGCACCAAUGAAUGGUCCCGCUGGUGUCUUGAGUCCUCAGAGCUACGGCCGUAUCCGGAUUCACGUUCAACAGAAACAGAGUUCAGAAAUUGGAAGAAUGCCUCUUAAAGUGUCUGUUGUCAAUGGCAACGAGGAACCCCACCCAUACAUUGGUGAGGGCGAGAGGUUAAAGCCAUCAUUCGUGAGCGACUCGGCCUGGGAACAGACAUGGAAGAACUGUUUGAAAAUCGUCGGUUCGACGUGGCUGUCGUUUUCCGAGCGUUUGUCUGAGAUCGGGAGUCAGCUGAGUGUGGCUGGUCGUGGUGUUGUCACCGUGGAGACGAUGUUCAACUACGUGCUGCGUGUCGGUGACGGCGCCAUUACAGGAGAUGACCUCGUCAGUUUUGUCGACAUCGAGAACAGAGCCGGGUCUCAGAGCUUGCCGCUUCAUGUACAGAGAAUCUACAGUCAGAUGAUUUCAAAGAGACGCACUGUCGGCAUGUUCGGUGUUGGGUGGACAUCACCUUUGUGGGAGAUGAGAAUACUAAAACACACUGAUGACACUGUCAGUGUUUUAUCUAACCGAGAAGAACUUGUGUUGACAGCAGGGCAGGAUGGUGUAUAUAAGGAUGCAGGUGGAAAUGAGGUGAAAGUAGAUAGGAAAGAGAUACACUUCUUUGAAGUAGCUACUUCUCGAACAUUUACCUUUGACGUUGACAGCAAAGAGCUUCGCAAGAUUACGUCCGCAUCAUCGGAUGAAAUAACAGUGGAACGUUCGUCCGGGAAGAUCGUCAAAGUUAAGAGUGCUAAAGAUGGAAAAAUGUCUUUUGCCUAUAAUGCUGAUGGUUAUGUAAGAACAGUGGAAAUACAUGAUGCUCAAGGGAAGAUGGUGGAAUUUAGUUUAUAUGAAUACCACCCAGAACAGAAGAGCCAUCUGACAUCUGUGACCAAGGGAGCUAACUCUGUCCAAUAUACAUACACCGACAGUGGAGAUCUGGAGAGUGUGGUUUACGCCAAUGGAAGACGGACAGAGUUCAAGUACGACAGCAACUAUUGGCUGUCUGAGACUGCGGGCUACUCCACAUCCGGAGAGCUGAUGUCGUCAAUACAGUAUCAGACCGACUAUAACGGAAAACUGACUGUCACGGAAAACCCGAGACAAACGAAAUCAGAAUACUUGUAUGAUGAAAACUUGAAUGUGGCGUCUAUGUUGGGUGAUGAUGGAGUGAGUGUGAAGUACAUUCGAUCUAGACAGACUGGACGGACAAUAUUACACGGAGAUCAGGUUUUGCUUCAUGACAAGUUUGACCUCGCCACCAACAUGAGAUCCCUCAAAGACGGAAACGGAAACAAGUUACAGGUGGAGUACGACGGAGAUGGACAGAUCACCAACGUGACGGACGGGAGAGGAAACCGGUACCAGUCGACUUUCAAAGAUGGCCGACUCACCUCUGUAAUCUACCCCGACAUGACUGAUGAGAAGUUUGUGUACGACGAUAAAGGGAAGGUCGUUAAGCAGAUUGUCAGAAAUGGAGGCCAUAUUGAAUUUAAUUACGAUGAUAAGCAGUAUUUGAUUGGUAAGACCACAUCAACAGACAGCACGUUUCUCACGUACAGUGAUGAAGGUUAUCUGUCUGAGGCUCAGAACAAUGCCGGAGUUGUCAAAGUCGACUACAACGACAUUGGUCUUCCCACAAAGGUGCAACUCCCUGGUGGAAAACAGUUGCAUUAUGGGUACAACAAGGCCAGUCAGCGAACGUACCUUAGAGACGAGACAGGUGACUACAACAUCACAUAUGACUACAACAACAAAGAUCAGUUAGUUUCAGUCAAACAGAACGGGGCUCCAAUGCUAAAGCUCGACUACGAGAAAGGCUUUCUGAAGAAACGUACUCUCGGAAACAGUGCAUACACGGAAUACCGCUACAACUUGAAAUCCGGUCUGUUGCUUAGUCUGCACAACUACCACCCGAAUGGAACACUCGUCGACAAGUUUGAGUAUGAAUAUGACAGCAGGUGGCGCCGUGUUUCCAUGACGACUAUGAAGGGUACUUGGAAGUAUCGCUAUGAUGCCGCGUCACAGCUGACCCAGUUUGAAGACCCAAGCGGAAAGGUUGUUCGGUUCCAGUACGACCGCAGCAAGAACCGAGUGUUGGAACAAACAGGAAACACAAAGAUGGGAUACUCGGUGAACUCACUCAACCAGUACGAAGGGGUUGGAGAUGUCACCUAUACAUAUGACAAGAAUGGUAAUGUUCGUGAGAAAAUUGUGUCUGGAAUCGUUCAAGAGGUGUUUGUGUAUGAUGACUCUAACAGACUGAUCGAGUCGCAAACUGACAUUGACAGAUGCCAGUAUGUCUAUGAUGCGAUGGGAAACCUCUACAAGAAGAACUGUUCAGCAUCUGGGGUCACCACAUUCAUCGUUGAUCCUUUUGGACUGCAGGGAAUCUCUAACGUGAUUGGCCAGAUGUCAGGAACAGAAACCACCUAUUUUGUCCAUGCAGAAGACCAAGGCUUGAUAGCCAUGUUGGAUCACCAAGGAGACCAGUUGUUUUACCAGUUUGACAGUCAAGGAUCCGUAACUGCGUUAAUGCACGGCAAUGGUUCUCUAGCAAAUACCUACAGCUAUGAUCCAUUUGGCAAACUGCUUCAAGCCGAGGAGACAAAGAGAAAUGACUUCUGUUUCGUCGGCCAGUGGGGUGUGAGAAGGGAGAAAGAAGUUCCUGGUAAAUACCAGAUGCGAGCGCGUUACUACGAUUCCAAACUCGGACGGUUCGUUAGCCCAGACCCGCUGGGCUUGCCAGGCCCAGGACUGAAAAAUGUAAACCUCUACACGUAUGCAGAAAACAAUCCGGUGACCUUUGCAGAUCCCCAAGGUCGUAUUUUACCAGCUAUCAUUGCAGCUGGAGCGGCUAUUGGAGCUAUCACUAACGGAGUCAUCUACACUGGUACAAGUCUGGCCACUGGCAGUUUCUCCUGGGGAGGGCUUGGUGGUGCAGUUGUCAGUGGAGGAAUCACUGGAGCAGGAAUUACAAUUGGAGGAGCAUACUCUACCCUUGCAGGUGCUGGGAUAGCGAUUGGUGCUGGUCUUGCUGGAGGUUUCGCGGGAAGUGCAGUACAACAAGGAAUUGACUCACAGUCGUUUAACCUGGGAAAGGCCUUCGCCGACAGCGCCUGGAGCGGCGCCACGGCCUGGUUACCAUGGAAAUUUUUUGGUUACCAUGGCAAUGUUGGAGCUACAGCAUGGGGUAACCCGUAUGCAUGGAGGAACAUGAAUUUUGGAAAGGUGUUCAGGAGAGCAUUCGGUGGCUGGGGACUGAAAACACCACGAGCUCUGUGGUCGUCUCUUGGUCUGGGUAACUUCAUCGGUAACCUCGCACCUCUCGUACCAGACUGGAGUAAGAAUCUGUGGAAUUGUUGUCUUGGUGAUCUCUGGGAUGACUUCCUCUCCUGGAUUCGAUCUCGGGAUCCGAAUGACAUACUUGGUCCAGCAGGUUAUGGCGAUGCUCACUUCAUUCCAGCAGACCUGGAACUGGAGUACACCAUCAGGUUUGAGAACGAUGAGAAUGCCACGGCCCCCGCUCAGAAAGUGUUCGUUGUUCACGAGCUGGAUUCCGAUCUGGAGAUUAGAACGUUCAGAGUCGGGUCUUUUGGGUUCGGAAACUUCACCAGAGAAAUUGAAAAUGGUCGACCCAUUCUUCAGGAAACUGUUGACCUAAGUGAUACAGAAGGUAUUGCAGUUCGAGUGAGGGCCGGAAUUGAUAUCAUUAACGGUCUUGCUACCUGGGAACUGCAGACACUUGACCCAGCUACAGGCCAGCCUCCCACGGACCCGAGUGUUGGAUUUCUGCCACCGAACAAUGGCACGACCGGACAAGGUUUUGUCUCAUUCUCCGUGUCGCCUAAGAAACGGGUGUCUCACAUGGCUACUAUCGACGCUGAGGCAAAAAUAAUAUUUGACCAGAAUGAACCAAUCGACACGCCGCCAAUAUUUAACACAAUUGAUUCAUCUGCUCCGUCUGCCAAUCUGACCUUGGUGGAUGACCUUGUGAAAGAGGGAACGCUGGCUGUAAAUAUAAACAAGUUUGACAAUGGAUCUGGAGUUAGGAGUGUAGACAUUUAUCACAAACUAACCAAUGACACGGUUGAGCCGCUGUUGACAGGUAUUCAGAACGACAUCGCGGUGUUGCCGCUAAAACCGGGCGGGUCAUACCAGAUCUUGCUUGUGUCACAGGACUACGUGGGGAACCAGGCAGAUUUUGAUCUGGACGACACCACUAGAUACAUGACGGUGGAUUUCCCGUACGUUGUAGUCACUUGUGAUGGUGUCAACAACUGUUCUGGACAUGGGGACUGUCUGCAGAAGAACUUCUGUCAGUGUGAACCAGGUUACUAUGGGGACGACUGCAGCUCGGAUACGCCUCCUCCCGAACCGCCGCUCUUGGAAGCCACGUCACUGGCUGGGACUGAAGACAUCCCAGUCGUUCUCUCACUGUCUGCGAGAUUGGUCAACUCCACACAAGAAACUGGGGACCUCACUGUAGAGGUCUAUGAUAUUCCGGAAGCAGUGACCUUCAGCAAAGGUCGGGUCACAGGUCAGAAGGUGGUCCUUGCACAAAACGAGUUUGGUGAAGUGAAGAUGACAACAAAACCACAUUUCUCAGGUCAGGUUCUUCUCAAGGUCAAGGCCGUGCUGAAUCGGAACGGACUGAAGGUGUCAAGAGGUGGCGUGCUAUCUGUGGACAUUUCUCCAGUGGCUGACAAACCAGCUGUCACUGUAGACAAGGUUUGUUUUGACUCCAAGUCUCCUCAGAUGAAGCUCAAGUUCGUUCCACAGCUGCAGGAUACUGACGGAUCAGAAAACAUCACUGUUUCACUGACAGGAAUUCCAGUGAAUGUUAAGUGGAGUAGCAGCCUCGUCAAGCUCAUCAAUGUGUCUGUUGUCUCCGGUGAGAAGGUGGAGGUAACUCUAACACAGAGUGGAGCAUUCUCUCCCUUUACUUUAACUCUUGAUGUGCUGUCUACUGAGAACGCAAAUGGUGAUGUUGCCAAGGAGAGUAAACAAAUCAAGAUGGAGAAAUGUAAAACUGGCAAAGGGCCAACUGGAAGUUCCACUCAGAUGGCGCCCGCCAAUAGCAUGUUCAUGUUGCUGUGUUUGAUUGGAUGGCUUGUACGGUUCUCUUCAACAUGAACCACGUGACUGAAUCACAACAUAAUGAAAUAACUGAGGAACAUGUGUUAAAAACUAAAUUCACUCGUUUAUAAAAUAUGUAUAAUUGACAUAUAUAAUUAUUUUAAUACUCAGCUUUUUACAUUAUAUUGUUCCCAUCCUGUACACUUGAUUUUCUUUUUAUACAUUUGUGUAUCUUUAAAAUAUGUAAAUAUUAUUUUGGAUUUAUAUCUAUAAAAUAUUACCUGUUUAGAAAAUAACAUUGUGAGUUGUAUUAAAAUUGUUUUACCUUUUUUGUAAUUAUUUUUAAAAUGUUCUACUUGUGUUGUCAAGAAGGCUCGAUACAGAGUACAAAGCAGACAGUGCAUGUUGUUUGUGAUUUCUUAAUUCUUGUUUAAAAAUUAUUAUGUUGCCAAAUUACUAUUAUAUUUGGGGGGGGGGGGGGGGGGGGGGGGGGGAGAUUCAUUAAGCAUACUAAUUAGUGAAAUAGCUGUUGUCUCUUUGCCUUACUAAUUGUACAUGUAUAUCAGGACCCGUUCCACAAAGAGAUGUUAGUGCUAAGAUCACUUUGUGCAAUGAAGACCUGGUGCAUUAGGUCAGGUCAGGUCAGGUCAGAGUGUUUAAUGUGCACAUUCAGAGCAAGCUGUUGUAGCACAUGCCUGUCCUGGUCACAGGUGCCAGCCUCGGCCAGCUCCUCUGUCCAGGACAGGAAAGGGAUGGGGUGGGAAGGAGGAGGGACUGCCUGCACUAGCAGAUGCAAGGGAGCACCAGCAGUCCGACCGGGGCCGGUAACAGCUGAGAGUGGUUUUUGGUACUAUGGAAUUUGGAAUGUCCCGUAGGAUUACCGCCAAAGAGAAAUGGUGCGCAUUUUAUGAAGAAAGUUAGGCACAACUUUGAACAGUCCGUCAAAAAGUAAAAAGGGAGCUAUAUAUAGUUUGGGAUUUUAGUAUGCCGAGAGUAGCUCGUUAAGUGGACCCCUAGUUGGUGUUGAGGUGUCUCCCUAGGUUGCCCAUAGGGGCCCUUAAAAGGGCCUGAUCUGUUCAGGUGCAUUAGGCAAAUAUAAACAUGUAUCAGCUUGUGAUAUAUAGACGGUUUCAUAAUGUAUUUGUAUGGUGCUUUCAUGUACAGUAAUCAUUGCUUCUAAUAUUAUAUAAACAGCAUUUUAUUAUUAUUUUUAUAUUUCUUUGUAAGGGAAUAGGAGAUAUUUAUAAAUUAGAGAGAUGUAACACGUUUUGUAUAUGGUUUUCCAAGUGAGUCCCAGGUUGUACAUGUUACAUCUUAUAAUUUACAUCAACCCACAUUUGAAACAAAUGGCAUUCACAGAUGCAAAUAAUUUAAUUUAUUAAUUUUUAUACAUUUUUUAUACAUUUUAAACAGAUUGAAUGAAUUAGUCUGUAACACUUAGGGCUUGAAACCCAGUCGUUAGAUAUGUCUAGAGACAUG